AUGAGUCUCAAGCUCAAUGCUCGGCCUGCCCUUCACAUGGCGGCCCCGGCUGUGCGACCACAGCACCCGAUAUUCUCCAUGAAGACUCGCCGAGUAGUGCGUUCUUCAGCGGAAGCCUUGCUGCGGGCUUUUUGGCCUUUGUUUCGUAUAGUCACCUCUUUGGCUCUCUUGUUUAUCGACAACACCAUUCUCGUGGUGGUCGCUGUACUGUCCCGAUUUCGUGCUGCAGCCAACCGGCGCCAGGCAGCACAGCGCAAUGUUCAUUUCUAUCCCAAAACAGUUCUGAUCACCGGAGUUGGGACACCGCAUGGCCUCGCUCUCGCUCGUGCUUGGGAUGCAGAGGGCCAUCGUGUGGUCGGUGUUGAUGUUGCCGAUUUGAAUAUCCCAGUUCGGUCGGGCGGCGGUAUGUCCAGUGCCCUCCUGGCAUAUUAUCGAGUACCCAAGGACCACUACAUCUCCCGAAUUCUGGAUAUCAUUCAUCGUGAAAAGAUUGACGUUUGGAUUCCAUGUUCGCCCAAGGCUACUGCCAUCGAAGAUGCCACUGCUAGACAGGUGAUCGAAAGUCGAACCACCUGUAGGUGCAUUGCGUUCGAUCCUGAAUUAACAUCACGAUUAAUUCGACCCGACUCUUUCCGACAGUUCCUUGCUGAGCGGGACCUUCCAGUGCUCGAACAGCAUCAGGUGCAAUCGCGCGACUCAAUUCAUAAGAUUUUGAAUCGAUCGCCGACCAAAUCGUAUCAUAUGCGACGGGUCAAGUCGAAUGCCAACGAGGCGGCUGUCAUCUUGCCAAAGCGCACCCUCAGCAAAACUUAUUCUGAAGUCAGCGAGAUCACAAUCUCCAAAGAAACCCCAUGGAUCAUACAACAGCAGACCCGACUCGGAGAAUUUUACGCAGACCUGUUGCUUGUGCACGGCCACGUCCAUGCCAUCAAGGUUCGGAUGGUGGAAACUCGAGCACCUCAUUGGGGUGCCUCGCGCAUGGACGAAGCAUUGGCAACAGCCGUGCAUCGACUCAUGCAGAGGUUUGCUUUGAAGGGUGGCAUUCGGAUGACGGGGCACUUGUCCGUCAGGCUCCUAGUUGAUGAAGAAUUCGAUCAUACAUCGGUUCGGCAUACCAUCCAUAUUGCCGACUGCGUUCCUGGAGCCAGCGCCAUCGAGAACUUGCUCCGUGAUGCGCGCUCCCCCGUUGCGGGAUACCUCGAGGUACUAGCGGCAGAGCCUACUGAGCCGGCAGCAUGGAACGUGGCUACGACACUAUCGCCAAUCCCUCGCCCAUCAUCAAAUUUGGUGGCAAUGGUGGAAAACCUUCUGACCAGGUUCUCUCCACGGUUUUUUCCUUUGGAUCUCAUCAAAAGUACUAUCACUGCGCUUGAAGCUGAAUUGGUUCCAUUCUUAUUCUGGAAGGAUCCUCGAUUCGAACCCCAUGAUCCUCUCCCUUGGUGGUGGCAUGUUCAUGUGUAUCAACCCAUGCGCGAGAUAUGGCUGUUGGUGAAGCAGAUCCGUGAAGCUGGAAUGCCUACUGUUUCCAAGGCGCGCCAGUGGGACGGAUUAUGA